CAGCAAACAUCAACGAGAUCUCUUUAUAGCGCGCAACCUAGAAGGUGGAGUUAUUCACGUGGAAGACUGUGGAAGACCUUGAUAAAUCAAAAAAAUGAAGUCGUGGGUAACAAUAGUUUGGUCACUGUUGGUAAUUUUAUCAUCGGUGAGUGCUGAGAAAAAUUGCAACAUAUCGAUCACGGAGCUGACCAAGCUGCAGGACAUUCUGGAAAACAUGGAUAAAACCAUUUACACUAGAAUCGAAGAACAAAACAGUGAUUCUGAAUGCCGCAAACUGCUGAAACAAAUCAACUUGAGAUUGCGAUCGAUGACGCAGCAGUACAAGCUCAUGAACAAAGGAUAUACUAGUGACGAACAGCUGAAGGAUAUGGUUAAAGGCUAUAAGAAUCAAGUAAGCACCCUGGAAGGCGAAAUUGCUCAAUUAAAAGAACACAUCGAAGUUGAUCAACGGAAAAUUAUCGAUGAACUAGAAGAGCAAAUUGGAGAAUUGGAUGAAACAGCAGGUAAACUGGAAAACGAACUGCGUUCCGUAAAAUCCAGAGCGGAUGAAGUCAGAAAAGAGCUGUGCAUCGAAUAUUUGUCUGCCAAUAAUUUGGAUAACGCCAUCCACCAUAUGAAGAAAAUGACUUCUCGUUACCUCAUGACCAUUAUUCAUACCAUGGUUAAGCACCAUAAAACUUCCAACUUUGUAAAUCUUAUCCUUUUCGCUGCUGAAUAUCCGGAUUUGGACGACCGAGUAGAAGCGUUCAUAACUCUUCUCAACAUAUCAUUUGUCGACAUGAACGUCAAAGAGAAGGAUUUGGUGCUUAUUGAAACAAUGGUUUAUCGAUUGCUCGAUCUAGUCGUUGAUGGAUCUCAAAUCACCGACGAAAAGUUAAACCAGAUGAACCAAAGCUCGCACCUUUUCGCAUCCAUGGCUUCCGUUUCCUAUAAGAAAUGGGUCGAUCAGCUUUCAGAAGGAAUUUUGCAGGACUUGAAGGUUCAUUUCGAAUCUUUUCAUCCGAAACAGAUCGUUCAUUUAGAUACUUUUCUGAAGCGCAAAUUUCUUGAGUUGACGAAUAGCAUGGCAAAGUUUGAUAUGAUACGAAAUUACGUCAAGCUGCUAGGAAUGACCCACGGAAUCAACCAGCAUCGAGCUGCGCUGAUUUUGCUGGAUCAACAGAUUUCCUACACGCUGAUGACGAUUAUGUCUAUCGGUAUGGACGAUAGUUUUACAAAAUCUGAAGAAAUCAAAACUAUCGUAGAAAUGAUCAAACCAAAACUGCCCGAAAGCUUGAAAGUAAUUGAAAACUGCACAAAGGCUAUACAGAUUUUCCAAAAACGAUCCAACAAGUGUAUUCAAAUAUCUAACCAAGUGGUAAAACAAUUCAAAGAUGUGUACCAAAAAAAACAAGUUGGAAAUCUUCAAAAAAUUGUUGUAACUGGUAACAGAGCCGAUUGUACUACGUUCCAAAUAGCUCCAACUCAGGAUAAAAGAUAUGUUGAAUUUAAAACUGCCGAUGGAACCGCGCUUUCGGCAAUUGAUUCAUUUACUCCCAAUAUUGUUUCCUACACCAGCUACGUGGGAGUCAAACAGGUUCCCUUGUCAGGGUUCAAGUCAGAAACCGAUUCCCGCUGGUUGAUUGAGCCGAACUAUAGGAAUAAUACCUUAAAAAUUACUUCUGAAUUCAAUGUGUACUGGCAUAACAGGACAAGGGACUACCUGAUCACAGAAUCGAUCGAUAAUGCUGAUACGGUGGUGCUGCAAAGAUACGCCUAUUACCAGGUGGACUUUGAAGGAAGAGAACGGCUGUCGGAUUGGAUUUUGAGGUGUUCUAGUAACGCAUGAACGAAAAUUCCAACAUAUUUUACAAGGAAACCUAAAAAAACAUUGUGAGUAAAAAUAUGAAGUUUUAAAAGAUAAUGAGCGAAUAAAGUAGACACAAAAACAGAUAUCAGCGUUACUUCACUAAUAUUUCCGUAUAAGGCACAAAUUUAAAAAAAAUGUGAAUCAAAAGUCACAGAAACUAUAAAGUAUUGUAGGGAUCUAGUGAGCAUACAUGAUUAUAAUAAGGAGGCCACGAUUGUAUGACUGUAGUUCCAUCAUUAUUGCUCAAGAUGUCAAACAAUAAAGCUGUAUAAAGCCCCAAGUCUCUCAUUUAUUCCGGCCCCUACAAAUUCAGAAGUGGGAUUAGGAACAAGACAUCACCAUGAACAAUUAGCAACUUUAAGAAGAACCGAAACUCCCGUCUCUAGAAAACUGUGAAUCGUUCCGGAUCUGCCGGUAGGAGCUGAGGGCCAGCUGUUCCAGACACUGACGCUGCUACGAUGGCAGGCAGUGGUGUAGCCGGAGAUGCCGGAAGUUAAAUUUUUCUGGAUUUGGUGAAAUAUGGAGUUUGUUGGAACUUUUCCAGAAUCGUCAAGAAAUAGGAAACGAUCCGGGUGCUAUGGUAAGAGCUGAAAGUGCAGCUGAGGCUUCCAGGUACUGAGGCUGUCAAUAUGGCAGGCAGUACUGGAGCCAUAGAUCGCGGAAGUUCGUUUCCUCUUCGGACCGACGGUGGAAAGAGCAUAGGAGGAUCUUCAUUAUUUCAACGCUGAGAUGUUCGCAUGUUCCAACCAUCAAGAUGGGAUUAUUGAAGAAAACACCCCUGCUGAAAAAGUGUCUGGAAAGCAUUCUAAUGAAAACGAGACGAAGAAUUCAGUUCAAGGAAAAUAAGUCUUCUUUUAUAUUAUUUAACAUUUUUUUAUCAAUUUUAGAAAACUUACAUUUUGUAUGUUUAGAUUUAACAAAAUUUUAAUUCUUUUUGUAUAGUACCUACAUCGAGGGCGAUGUUAUUUAUCAGGAUGGCCGAGCUGUAGGGAUCAAAUAGGCAUAGGAUAGAAUAAUGUAUAAAAAUCA